AUGGAGAGAUUUCUGCAACUGGCCAACGGGUCCAAUGACCAGGAUUUUAUCCUGUUGGGUUUGUCUGCCAGGGAAGACAUGAAGGACAGUCUGUUUGUUAUCUUUCUGAUCCUCUACCUGCUGAUACUCUUAGAGAACAUGCUAGUUAUCUACGUCAUCGGCAACCACCAUGAGUUGCUCCACAAACCCAUGUACUUCUUCCUGGGCAACCUCAGCUGCCUGGAGAUGUGCUAUGUGUCAGUCACCAUGCCCAGCCUGCUUAUGGGCUUGAGGUCCAGCCCUUGCCGUGUGUCUUUCUCAUCCUGCAUGGCUCAAUUGUUUUUAUUCAUCUCUCUCAUUGGUACUAAGUGCACCCUCCUGGCCUCCAUGGCCUACGACCGCUAUUUGGCCAUCUGCCAUCCACUGCAUUACCCACUGCUCAUGAGGCCACAGAUCUGCUGGGGAUUGGCCUUGUCCUCCUGGGUGGGUGGACUGCUGGUCUCUGUGGUCAAGACCACAUGCAUAGCAAGCCUGUCCUACUGUGGCCCCAAUGUCCUCAACCACUUCUUCUGUGAUGUCUCUCCACUGCUCAACCUGUCCUGCACCCAUGUGGCCCUCACAGAACUGAUUGACUUUAUCCUAGCCAUUGUCAUCUUCUGUGGGUCAUUGCUCAUUGCUAUUGCCUCUUAUAUGGCCAUCGGUAGGGUGCUGAUCCGAAUGCCUUCAGCUGCUGCGAGCCACAAAGCUCUCUCCACAUGUGCCUCCCACCUUCUUGUAAUGGGAAUUUUCUAUUCUGUGGUCCUCUUUAUGUAUUCCAGGCCCGGCCAUAUCAAACCCACAGACCUCAACAAGGUGCUGUCAGUCAUCUACACAGUAGCCACGCCCAUGUGCAGCCCAAUCAUCUACUGCUUGAGGAAUAGGGAGGUCCAUACAGUCCUGAAGAAGACACUCCACCUAUAG